AUGCCAAAGCGGUCCUUCAGACCUCCACCGCUGAAGCUCCAUCUUGACACAAAGAUGCCCGUCCAUUCGCCAAUUGCCUCACACUUCAGGAGCAGACUGACCACUCAAGUCCGAAGAGUGCUCCCGGCAUACCUGGCUCUUUUGUUCAUCUUCCUCUUCUUCGCCAAUACCCAUUUCUUCACUGCACCUCUUCGGGCGGCGCACAAGUACAGGAGGGAGCUCAAGUAUCAGCAGCCCUUGCAAGCAUCCACAACCACCAUUCCAAAGAAGAUAUGGCAGACAUGGAAACAAGGGCCGCUCGCCUUCGAACAGCGGGAUUCGGACACAGCGAAGACAUGGCCGGCAAAGAAUCCGAACUAUCGAUACGAGGUCCUAACAGAUGAUAACGCACUUGAAUACGUCGAGGAGCACUAUGGCGUCCAUGGAUUCAACCGACCAGACAUCAUUGAUCUCUAUCGAGAGCUCAACAUAACGAUCAUACGAGCAGACCUUCUUCGUUACCUGAUCAUGUAUGCCGAGGGUGGGGUGUAUGCGGAUAUCGACGUGGAGUGCUUGCGACCAGUCGAACGCUUCAUCCCUGAGCGCUAUAACGAGCUCGAGGUCGACAUGAUCAUCGGGGUUGAGAUUGAUGAACCAGCUUUUGGGAACCAUCCUGUCCUAGGAUCUAAGUGUAAAUCUUUCUGCCAAUGGACGUUCGCAGCUAAGCCUCGUCUUCCCGUCAUGAUGAGGUUGAUUGAAAACAUCCAAGAGUGGAUCCAUGGUCUGUCCAAGAAGAAAGGUGUGCCCGUCGGACAGCUUCAGCUUGACUUCAAUGAGGUCAUCAGUGGAACUGGACCUUCGGCUUUCACGGAUGCGGUCCUUGCGCAGAUGACUACAAUGAAUGGUGGUAAAGAAGUAACCUGGGAUCCUUUCCAUAAUCUGGCCGAGUCAAGGCUUGUCAAUGGUAUACUGGUACUGAAUGUAGAAGCUUUUGCCGCAGGCCAAGGGCAUUCUGACUCAGGCAACCACGACUCCAGGGGAGCGUUGGUCAAACACCACUACCAUGCGUCCGGGUGGCCGACACUGCACCCACGCCGCAACCAUCCUAUGUACGGUGAGGUAGAGCAAUGUAACUGGAAGCCUGAAUGCGUUGCCGAAUGGGUAAGUGUUACUCCUGCAAAGGUAUUCCGUUUGGACAUCUUGCUAAUCUUCCGCAUAGGAUAA